GUGCUAGAUGUGCUGGAACCAGGGGUGGACUGACCAUUUGGAAACUUGGGCACUGCCCGAGAGCCCGGGGUCAGUAGGGGGCCCCAUGAGAUGCCCCUGGUACCUUUUUCAUAGGCUUUUUUGAGUUUGGGCAAGGACACAGGGGCUCCAUGAUCCCCUAUUGCCCGGGGGCCCCAUGAGUUGUCAGUUCGCCCCUGGACAUCAUCCUGCUUAUCAGUGCCCAAUGCUGCCUAUCAGUGCCGCCUAUCAGUGCCCAUCAGUGCUGCCUAUCAGUGC